AGUGAAGGGGGAGUGGAAUGGGUUUCCUUCAAGUAUAUUUUUUCUUUUUAAAAAUAAAAACCUUUAUCUUCUGCCUUGGAAUUGAUAAUCAUUCCAAGGCAGAAGGGCAGUAAGGGCUAGGCAAUGGGGGUUAAGUGAUUUGCCCAGGGUCACAGCUAGGAAGUAUCUGAGCUCAAAUUUGAACCCAGAACCUCCUGUCUCUAGGCCUGGCUCAUCAAGUUACCCUUCAAGUGCAUUUUUCUGCACUAUUUUGGUACAUGGAGCUAAGGGUGAAUUAAUUCCCUCAGCCAAAGCAUGAACCUUCUCUGCUACUGAGGAUCUGACUAUCCCCUAGGGACAGGGCUUAAAGGUAUGUCCCCAAGACACCCAGGUCUUCUCAGGGGAAAAGGGGAGCCAGACCAGAGGCAGGUUUUCACCAUCCUCCAAGCUAUGCUGUGUUCCCCAGCGGCUGAGUUUGCUCCUGCCCCUUGAGAACAUUGCCUUAGAGGAACAUAUAACAAUAAAUCUUAAAGUACUUAAUGAUCCUAGUUGAAGUGGGAUUUGUAGAUAGUCAAAUCUAAAGUGUCCUUUUUGUCUAUUAGUCCUCUCCCAGAUAGCCCAGCUCCUGCUUGGAAUCUUCCUUUGGUGUCCAUAGUAAAGCAGCCCCCUCUCCCUAAUAAUCAAGUCCCAGACUCUUUACCUACUUGUGGCCAUAGUAAAGCUAAUCAAGCCCACUUUCCGGUCCUUAAUUCCCUCAAAGGUAUACAAGAACCCUGAAUUCUAUUAUUCGUUGGAAAAUCGUCUUCUGCAGUGCCUUUCCCUGGGACAGUUCCCCCAGCUUUGACAAAGCCCCAGAGCUUUGACUGCGUGUGGCACCGAACUUGUCUCUUACCCUGAUUAAAGAUUUGUUUUUUUGGACUACUACAGUGGUUCUGUGUUUUUCCAAGUUGACAGGGACUUGAGAAAGAGCCCUGAAUCUUUGCGAGGUUGUGCCAAAAUUCCUAUUUUCCAAAUGAGUAAACUAAGGUUUGGAAGCCAGCGCUGACGCGGGUGGAAUUCAGAGCUUGCCCCUGCAAGCCUCCACCCAAAGACCGAACGGGACCAAGGCCCUUGGCGAGGAUGCCACAGCCAAGGUCGUCUGGGGGCCACGGAGGUCAAUGCCAAGAGGACACCACAACAGAGGGUCCCAUUCUAUCCCCGAGGAAGCCGAGGCUCCCGCCCCGCCCGAAGCGUGACGUAAGCUUUCUCCACCCCGGCAGCCGGAGCGACCGAAGACGCCCAGCGUAGGCUGCCCCGCCCCGCCCCUACGUCACCACGCUUGGCUCCCCUAUAGCCUGCACCCAGACUUCAAUCCGCACUUUCGACACGCACUGGACGUGGCUGCCCCUAGCCCGGUGCCCACCCCGCGCCGCUCCAGCCCUCGGCACCCCAAGGCCGCAGACGCAGCUCACAUAGAGCAGGAUCCCACGAACCUCCGCACGCCCGGCCGGAGACAGAUGACCCGUGCCGCGGCCCGCCGAAAGUGCGGGCGCGAUUGCGGGGCUGAGCCGAGCCUGAGCGGCCCGGAAGCGGCGGCGGCGGCGGCGGCUGAAUGGGCCGCGGCCGCUUGAGCGGGCGCGGGUCCAUGUGGAGACUGCAGCCGGCGGGAAGCAGCGCGCUGCGCGGGGCCUGGGCGCGGAUCUCGGCGCGGGCCGGGACUGAGACCAUGGAGCGUGCGGUGGUACGCUGCGUGCCGUCUGAGCCCAAGCUCAGCCUGUCAUUCGCGCUGGCUGACGGCAGCCACAAGCACAUGCAACGCGACCAGAGCGAGCCACUCGGCCGGGCGCUGAGCCGUAUUGCCACUAACGCACUCAAGGGUCACGCCAAAGCGGCGGCUCGUAAGGGCCGCCGCGCCGCCGGGGCCGAGCCUGCCGGGACUGCUGCCAGCCCCGCUGAGCCUGUGGUCAAGCUCUACUACCGCGAGGAGGCGGUGGGCGACGACGUGCUCAACGUGGACGCGUGGCAGGACGGCGCCGUGCUGCAAAUCGGGGACGUCAAGUACAAGGUGGAGCGCAACCCUCCCGCCGUCACCGAGCUGCAGCUGCCGCGCUACAUUAUGGCCGGCUUCCCUGUCUGCCCCAAGCUCGGCCUCGAGUUCGGAGAGCCGGCCAGCUCGGUCUUCCGCUGGUACCGAGAGGCGCGGCCCGGUGCCGCCGGGGGCGGGGUCGCAGCCGCGGGGGCGCCCAUUGCGCAUGCGUCCGGCGCGAACCCGGUCCCUGCCGCGCCUCCGCCCGACGGGGACGCGCCGGCCUCCGAAGAACCGGGCGCGAGCAGCGCGGGGCCCGUCUGGGUGGAGGUGGGAGGCGCGCACGAGCGUGUCUUCACGCCCUCCAACGCGGACAUUGGGCUGCGGCUGAAGCUUCGCUGCACGCCGGGAAAUGGACAACGCCUAGGCCCCAGCCGGGAGCUAGAGAGCGCCGGGCCCGUGGAGGCUGGCCCUGGCGCGUGCACGUUCGACCAGCGCCACAUGUACACGAAGCGCGUGAGCGGCGACGCGCUUCUGCGCGCUGUGACGUACAACGUGCUGGCCGACGUCUAUGCGCACACGGAGCACUCCCGCGCUGUCCUAUACCCUUACUGUGCACCCUAUGCCCUGGGCCUUGACUACCGCCUGAACCUACUGCAGAAAGAACUGAGCGGCUACAGCGCAGACGUGUUGUGCCUGCAGGAGGUGGACCGCUCCGUGUUCCACGACAGCCUAGCGCCCGCGCUUGACGCCUUCGGCCUGCAAGGCCUCUUCCGCCUCAAGCAGCACCAGCAUGAGGGCCUCGCCACCUUCUUCCGCAGGGAUAAGUUCCGCCUUUUGGCCCAGCACGACAUCGCCUACCACCAGGCACUGGCCACCGACCCGGUCCACGGGCCCCUGCUGGAGCAGCUGGCCCGCUACCCGCAGGCGCGAGACCGCGUGCUACAGAGAUCCUCUGCCCUGCAGGUUUCCAUUCUUCAGUCUACAAAGGACCCUUCUAAAAAGAUUUGUGUGGCAAACACCCAUCUCUACUGGCAUCCAAGAGGCGGACACAUUCGUCUCAUUCAGAUGGCCGUAGCCUUGACGCACCUUAACCAUGUGACGCAGGACCUGUACCCUGGCGUCCCCGUCUUAUUUUGUGGGGAUUUCAAUAGCACGCCGUCUACAGGGAUGUACACUUUUGUCAGCACGGGCAGCGUCUCUGCGGACCACGAAGACUGGGCCUCCAACGGGGAAGAGGAGCGCUGUAACAUGUCCCUCAGCCACCCUUUCAGACUGAAAAGCGCCUGCGGUGAACCUGCCUACACGAAUUACGUGGGAGGCUUCCACGGCUGUCUAGAUUAUAUUUUCAUUGACUUCACUGCUUUAGAGGUGGAGCAGGUGAUACCUAUGCCAAGUCACGAAGAAGUGACCACCCAUCAGGCCUUACCCAGUGUGUCCCACCCCUCCGAUCACAUAGCCCUUAUUUGUGAUUUGAAGUGGAAGUAGCCUGGCCCUGGUGUGGCCGUGUUGAGUCAAGUCCAGGAAUUCACUUACUUAGGACAAAACUUGAAUCAAGGUGUACGUCGUAGCCUUGACAAGCGGGGAACAGACUGAUGAUGGACAAAUGUUCACCCCGCUCUGACCCACUGGCUCUGUUCUAAACGUGUUCUUCAUUUUGUGACUGCACAUGACAUCUGCAUGCCUCCUCUCCCUUCUCCUUUCCUUAAAACUGACACAAGUUGGGGGAUCAUAGACCUUUUUUAAAAUAAGUGAUUUUUAAACAGGAAUUAAGAGAUUAUUUUGCCUUUUUAAAAAAUCUGAGUGAUUCUAAUGGAAUUUCUAGACUAGUGUAACUUUUGAACAUAAACCAUGUUUUUAUAAAUUAGGGGAAAUAUGUAGUACCCAGGUACAAAGGAAGAGUGGCCAGAGUUGAAGCAUUGGAAAGGAAUACUGUUGGGUCCUAGCCCAUCUCCCUCUGGGGGAGCCACUCUAGGAAACCAGAGCUUUAAGAAGACACUAAGUGUAUUGUGACCCACAGCUGUCCCACCUUCUGCCUCACCUCUCUUAAUGUUGCAGCCAACACACAGGAUCUAAUAGAGCUUUGGUUUUUGAUAACCCCCAGUAGGUAUAUUCCUACAACCAUUCCUCAUGUGGCCAGUUUUAAAUUUUAGAGUAUAAACAAAAAUUAGCCUCGGUAUAACCUGUAAGUUAGAAAAUACAAUAGAUUUGAUUCCAUAGUUAUUGGCAUGCAACAGCUUCACUCUCAGCCAUCGAUUCUGUGUGACUAGAAUGUUGGGUCUUAAUUUUAUUUGAAUAUGACUGCAGACCACUGUUAAGGUAGGGCAGGUAGAGGGUAGAACCCUGCUGAAGUGGACCUAAUUUAUUAAAUAUUUUGAUGUUCGAAAUGUAGCUGGUGGGUUUUUCUUAAUUUCUAGAACUCAGAGUAGCAAAAUUACUUCAGAACAUUUGGGGAAAUUACCAAGACUAGUUCAUAAAACUAAACAGCCAAAUGAGUUAUAGGAAAAUACUAGAUAGAGAAAAUUCACCUCUUGCAAAACCUUAAUCAUGAAGCCAAAUGUUUUGCUUUUUGUUCGGGCCAGAGACGUUAGUUGGGGUGGCCAGGCCGGCUGGCUGGCCUGUUUGCCAUUUCUAGCAUUUAGUAUAAGGCACUGGCCAAGCCCUUCUCUAACUAGGUGUUUGUGUCUCUAGAGUUGCUUUUGCCUGUUGUUGUACCUCUACUAGUUUAGCUUUCAUUUCAUCUGUUGUCAAUGGUACCGAUUACCCUGAAGCUAGAAGGACACAGAUGUCUUUUCUCUCCAGGUACAUGUAAUGGUUGGAUUUCUUGGUUCUACUUUUUCCAUUGAACCUAGAACCUUAACAAGCACUUUUACUUAUGUUUACUGGUAUUCUGUUCCUUCACCUGCCUGCUGAAAGUGCUGAUGAUUUGGGGUCACAGAUACCAUGGGGAGCAUAUGAAAGCCCCUUCCCCUCAAAAGCCCUCCCUUCCCAGGGACUUUGGAGAGAUCCACCAUAUCAUGGUGAUUUUUAGUGGCAUUUUGAUCUAAGUUACGACAUCUGAUGACCAAGAACCAGUGUGGUAUACCAGAAAGAAGGCAAGAUCUGGAACCAAAGGAUGUAAGUUCAAAUCCCAUCCCUGUUACAGGUCACCUGGAUGCCCUCAGGCAGAUCAUUUCCUGUUUCAGUUCCCCAUCUAUAACAUGAGGGAAUUGGACUAGACCUUUGUAGUCUAAUCUCCCGUUUUUUUUGACCUGUGAUCAUCAAAGAUCCUAUCUCUUCGGGUUGGAAAAGGCACAGUUCGGUUUCUGUAUCUUUGUCUUCUAAAUAAAAAUGAAUGCAGGAAGAAGCUUUAAGAUGGCAGUUCCCAUAGUCCUAGCAUAGAUCACUGUAGAUCUAAAUGUAUUGUCUCUGAAACAUGUUCUUCCAAAAGCAUGAGGAAUUAAAGCAGUAUGCUGACAGGUGACCUGAAAUCUCAGACAUUUUCCACAUUCAGAAGUGUCCAUAGGUUACAGGCAGAUUGGAUUCUCUUCCUAAAUAGCCUGGUAAACAGUUCCAGUGAGGGCAGAGCUGAUGGUGGUUUGGCUUACCAAGGCUUUCCAGCUGAAGGUCCUCAAUGAUGCUCUUCUGCAUUCUAUCUUCAGCCUUUUUUUCUAAGGGUUUAAUCUCAAUUGCUUCAGUUUUUCUAUGAAAAACCAUCACGAUAUUGUGCUGUGGGCAAGAGAUACAGUAAGAUAACACAAGAUAUCUUCAUUAACAGCCAGUAUUGUAGUCAUGAAAAGCCAAGUCAGCCACCAGUCUCCUGCUUUCUAUCCUAGGUACAGGAAUUUCCAUAUGGAGAUGAAUAAACACUAUAAUAGGAAGAUUGACAAAUUCUGCAUGUGCUGAAAUUGUCUUGCCAUUAAUGAAUCAGAAUACCUUUUAAGUGUUUUUAAUGUGUUAUUCCCACUAAAUUCUAUUUCCCCAGUAUGGUUUUAAAAUUGAAUAGGGGAAAGCCUAGCAGUUCUUUCUACGAUAAGCCAGGUUUUAGAACAUCGGAAAUGAUUGCUGUAUAGGUUAACCCACUGAAAUUUGGUGGAGGACAAACACAAAGGUUGAAUACAAGUGGUAGAAAUUGGCACGAGAGAAUCUGUAAGCAAUUCUGUUCCCGUGCCGCUACAAGAAAAAGACCCAUAAGCAAGCCUGGUGUCUUCAAGGGAAUUGUGAUCCUGGUAAUUUAGCAGAAAGCAUAGAAACCCUUGGUGGGGCUGCUAAAAAUGUUUGGUGAUCCUCUUAUUCACGAAUAGCUAAAGAAAACCGAAGGCUUUAAAAUCAGGUCUGGCUAAGCUGGGGUAGUUACUUAGCCACUGAAUCUACCCAUUGUGGACGUUUCACUUUACUUGCAAAAUGUGUUUACAUUUGUUUCUUGGUACUGUGUAUAGUCUGUCAUCCAUAAAGCAUGCUUGGACUAGGCAACCAUA